AAGCACUUGCAAUUCGUGCGGUGCCGUCACGGGCCAAAUAGCUUUCUAAGCCGUGCACAUUGUCUUAUUGGCGGCCGACAUCCAUUCAAGAUCCGGCGCGGACGAAGCAGGAUCGCCAAUAGUUGAAUAAUCUCUCAUAUUCUUUUCGGGACAAGGGAUUUCGGGCCGCGGAAGGGAUCUCCAAUCAUAUUUGACAAUCACGGUACCAAGCAGAUCUUGAUACCAAAUCUCCUAACUGUAGGAGUGAAGGACGUUGUGCCUGUCCCCUACGUAUGUGUUGGGCACUGCAAUGUUUAAUUAGCCUCUAUGGCUACCACACCAUCGUAGGCACUCUUUAUAUACCCUUUGAGCAGCCAGCUUUGUGAAAACAGGAGAACAGCAGCUAACAUCAAACAUCAGCGGACUUAAUCAUGGCAUCCAACUCGCUUUAUCCUGCUAAGGCGGCUCCAUCAUUGAACCUUCCUCCUGGAGCCUCUGCAAAGGUUCAAAUCGUCGACACUACCUCCAGAAUCCGUGGGCCUAUCGACCUUUUCAUGUCCCCACCCAUCAAGGGCCAUGAGCUUCUCCAUGUGCCGGCUUUCAGUUUCCUCGUUGAGCAGAUCUCCUCUGGGCGCAAGAUACUAUUCGACCUUGGGCUCAGGAAGGAUUGGGAGAGCCACCCUCCUGCAGUCCUGAAGCUCAUCUCGACUCCCGGCUGGAGUUUUGAGAUAGAAAAGGGUGUUGCCGAGAUCUUGCAGGAAAAUGGGGUCGACGUGGCAGCUGGGACCAUCGAAGCCAUCGUUUGGAGUCAUUGGCAUUUUGACCAUACUGGAGAUGCGAGCAGCUUUCCCAGCACUACAGCCUUGAUCACAGGCCCAGGCGUCAAAGAGGCAUUCCUUCCCGCCUUUCCAGAGGGCCAGGCGUCACCCCUCUUGCAAACGGACCUUGAAGGUCGCGAACACAAAGAGCUCGACUUCGAUAACCAAUCCACCGUCAAGAUUGGUGGCUUCAGAGGCUUAGACUACUUUGGAGACGGGUCAUUCUAUCUCCUUGACGCGCCUGGCCAUGCAGUAGGCCAUGUGUGCGGCUUGGCCAGGGUGACCUCUACGAAAGAAGGCGACGCCGAAGACACUUUCGUCUUCAUGGGCGCAGACACUGCGCAUCACGGUGGAGAGUUCAGACCGACUGAAUACUUACCUCUACCGAAGGACAUCUCGCCAUCUCCAUAUCAAGCCAAGUACCCCACAGUCUGCCCGGGUCAUGUUUUCGAGGCAAUUCACCCAGGCAAGAAGGGCGUCGAACCCUUCUACCAUAUUAAUGACAAGGUUGCCCACGACAGAGGGCAGGCCGACCAUGCGUCUGAGCGUAUGCAGGAAUUUGAUGCUGCAGACAAUAUUUUUGUCAUCAUCGCCCACGAUGACACCCUCCUUGAUCCUGCCGUCGGCAUAGAAUGGUUUCCGCAGGGCACAAUGAAGAAUUGGAAAGUGCAUGAUUCGGCAAAGAAGGCCCGCUGGGCAUUCUUGAAAGAUUUUACUCAGGCGGUCGAGUCAGUGUCAAGCUAGACCUGGCCUCAAUCAGGUGUAUGCUCUGGACAAAAGUGAGAACAGGGAGUUCGAGGAUUUUCUGCAUGUACACUCUUUUCGAUGUGGGUCAUGCUUGGGCAUUGGCUCACCAUCAGAAAUAGCUAUUGAAUAGAUCUACCAUCGAUAUAUUUACGAGGAAGAAAGAUACAUGUCACGGCUGGAGAUGCAGAU